CUCUCUCUCUCUCUCUCUCUCUCUCUCUCUCUCUCUCAUGGCGAUCACUCUCUUUUUCCGACCACCACACUGCAUUAAACCAAUGAGAAACAAAGAGCCUUUGCUACCCAACAAACAAUGCAUCAGCGACUCUACAAUGAGGCAUCAUCCAUGUUCACAUUCAUAUUCAUUUUGGGAAAGAGCCUCUCUAUUCUCUGCCACAACAUCAACAUCAAUUCAUGCAUUAGUAAGCGAUUCCGGUGACCGAGAAUUGGACGAUAGAGGAGGAGAUUACGCGACCGUCGACGAGAUUAAACAAACACUUUACGGAGCAUUGCGAGGCAUUGACAGGGGAGUUUUUGGGGUGACAUCUAAGAAGAAGUCGGAGAUCGAGGCGUUGGUGGAGCAGCUCGAGCGCUGGAAUCCCACACCACAACCUACUGAUCACUUACUAGAUAAGGUGGAUGGAAACUGGAAGCUGCUUUACAGCACAAUCACAAUUCUUGGAUCGAAGAGAACAAAGCUAGGAUUGCGCGACGUCAUCAGUAUAGGGGAUUCCUUUCAGAUAAUUGAUGUUCAAAAGGGAAAAGCGAUUAAUGUGAUCGAGUUCAACGCUAAGGGAUUCAAGCUGUUGACAGGGCAGCUAACAAUUGAGGCAUCCUACACAGUUGCAACCAAAACAAGAGUGGACAUCAAGUUAGAGAAGUCAACUGUUACUCCUGAGCAGUUGAUGAAUCUUUUUCAGAAGAAUUAUGAUCUUCUCCUUGCCAUAUUCAAUCCCGAAGGUUGGCUCGAAAUAACAUAUGUUGAUGAUUCUCUGCGUAUCGGAAGAGAUGAUAAAGGAAACAUUUUUGUGCUGGAAAGGACGGAGCAUGCAAAGAUUUGAAUAUGAGUCGUAUAAAACCAUGCCUGCAUUUGCUGGUAAUAAUUUGUGGCUUAUUAUUAUUAUUAUUGGAGUUUAUGUAUAAAAAGUCAAAUAGUAGUUUAUCCCUCUAAACAUAGUGAAUUCCUAAGGAGCUCAAGUUUUUUACAUAUAAUAUACAAGCCAAAAUUGUUAUUUCUUACCAUGUGGUACUUUCAUGUUGUUAA